AUAUCUGAGUCUCUCUCUCUCUCUCUCUCUCUCUCUCUCUCUCUCUCUCUCUCUCUCUCUGUGCGGCCACACACAGGGGAAGAAGAAGAAGAAGCAUCAAACAACCGAACCCACUCAGAAGCAAAUCCGAAAACCCCUCAUUUCAUAGUACUGGUAUUCAGCUGUUUAUGACAAAAGCCUGAACCGAUCAUGUCAGAAGGUGCAGAAAUCGAUGAGCGUGUGGACCUCGAUGAGGAAAAUUAUAUGGAAGAGAUGGAUGACGAUGUUGAAGAACAAAUAGAUGACGACGGAGUGGAUGGAGGUGAAGAUGAAAAUGCUGAAGGUAGUGCUGAAGAGCAUGAAUAUGAGGAUUCAGCAGCUGAGGCUGGUGGGAAAGAUCAACUGCUUAAAGCAGAAAAAAGUGACAUUGCCACUGAAUUUGGUGAUGAUGAGCAAAAACCAUCUUUGUUUGAUGAGGAUGAGAAGGAGAAGCAUGAUGAACUUCUUGCCCUUCCACCUCAUGGUUCUGAAGUCUUUAUUGGUGGACUUCCUCGGGAUGUAUGUGAAGAUGAUUUAAGGGAAUUGUGCGAGCCAAUGGGUGAUAUUCUUGAGGUGCGAUUAAUGAAAGACAGGGACACUGGAGAAAACAAGGGUUAUGCCUUUGUGGCCUUUAAAACAAAAGAGGUAGCGCAAAGAGCUAUUGAAGAGAUACAUAACAAGGAAUUUAAGGGAAAAACUUUGAGGUGUUCACUUUCUGAAACCAAACACAGAUUAUUCAUUGGUAAUGUUCCAAAAACAUGGACUGAAGAUGAGUUUAGGAAAGUUGUUGAAGGUGUUGGUCCUGGAGUUGAAAACAUUGAGCUCAUUAAGGACCCUCAAAAUCCAAGUAGGAAUCGUGGGUUUGCUUUUGUUUUGUAUUACAAUAAUGCAUGUGCUGAUUAUUCUCGGCAAAAGAUGGCAAGUGGGAGUUUUAAGUUGGAUGGUAAUACCCCAACUGUCACAUGGGCAGAUCCAAAGAACUCACCUGAUCAUUCUGCUUCUUCACAGGUUAAAGCUCUAUAUGUCAAAAACAUACCAGAGAAUGUUACCACUGAACAACUAAAGGAAUUAUUCCGCCGUCAUGGAGAAGUAACUAAAGUGGUCAUGCCGCCUGGCAAAGCUGGAGGGAAACGCGAUUUUGGUUUCAUUCAUUAUGCAGAGAGGUCAAGUGCAUUGAAAGCUGUAAAAGAGACAGAGAAAUAUGAAAUUGAUGGCCAAGUGCUUGAAGUUGUUCUUGCUAAGCCUCAAACUGAUAAAAAACCUGAUGGAGGUUAUGCCUACAAUCCUGGAGUUCAUCCAAAUCAUCUUCCACAUCCUGCAUACGGCAACUUUUCUGGAAACCCUUACGGCUCUUUAGGGGCUGGAUAUGGUGUUGCUGGUGGUUAUCAACAGCCAAUGAUAUAUGGUAGGGGUCCAAUGCCAGCUGGAAUGCAAAUGGUUCCAAUGGUGUUACCAGAUGGUCGAAUUGGCUAUGUCCUUCAGCAACCUGGUGUACAGGUGCCACCUUCCCGACCCCGUAGAAUUGAUCGGAGCAAUGGUCCAAGUGGGCAGCCAGGGCGAGGAGGAGGAGGAGGUAGUGGCAAUGAUGAAGGCAAUCGAAAUAGAAGGUAUCGACCCUAUUAGGGAUAGAAGACAGAUAAUUGCGAUGUCUUGCCUCCCAAUUGUCUUGGUGAGGAGGAGACUUUGGGAACCAGGGACGUGUAAUCCAUUUGCUAUGCAUUGACAGGAAAUCCCUUCACAAUCCCUAUCCCUAUCCCAUAAAAAGGGGGAGAAAAGAGAAAUUUUAAAGAGAAAGUUAGGAUUAGGACCAAUGAUAUUCUAUUUAACUGUUUAAUGUUGGUGUCUAUUGCUGUUAGAUGAGUCACGGCAGAGUAAUUGCUAUCUUUUCUGCUUGUAAUGCUUUUUGGCAUUUUUUUUUAUUGACAACCAGUAGAAAAUUGUGUUAAUUUGGCUUCAGCAACUAUACCGGUUUUGUUGCUCUUUUUUCAUGCUCUAAAUGGUGCUCUUCUGCGAGCUUUGAUAA